AUGGGGACGGCGGGGAAGGGCGCGUGGGUGGUGCCGGCGCCGGCGUACAGGGAGGUGGACGGGUGGGAAGGCGCGGGGGAGGACGCGCCGGGCUUCAGGUGUGGCCACUCCCUCACCGCCGUCGCGCCCACCAAGGGCCACGGCCCACGGCUCAUCCUCUUCGGCGGCGCCACCGCCAUCGAGGCCGGCGCGUCCUCGGGCCUCCCCGGCAUUAGGCUCGCGGGGGUGACGAACUCGGUGCACUCAUACGAUGUGGAGAAGCGCAGGUGGACUAGGUUACAUCCUGCUGGAGAGCCUCCAUCUCCGAGGGCCGCGCACACUGCAGCUGCAGUGGGCACCAUGGUUGUUUUCCAGGGUGGGAUUGGACCAGCAGGCCACUCCACAGACGAUCUCUAUGUCCUUGACCUCACAAACGACAAGUUUAAAUGGCACAGGGUCGUUGUUCAAGGGGCAGGGCCUGGUCCUCGCUAUGGUCACUGCAUGGAUUUGGUAUUCCAGCGGUAUCUUGUCACUGUUUCAGGAAAUGACGGAAAGCGGGUAUUGUCAGAUGCUUGGGCUUUGGACACAGCUCAGAAACCAUAUAGGUGGCAGAAACUUAACCCUGAAGGUGAUAAACCUUCAGCAAGAAUGUAUGCUACUGCCAGUGCACGCUCUGAUGGCAUGCUUUUACUAUGUGGUGGAAGGGAUGCUUCUGGCACGCCACUUUCUGACGCCUAUGGACUAUUAAUGCAUACAAAUGGCCAGUGGGAAUGGACUCUAGCCCCAGGGGUAUCUCCAUCUCCAAGAUAUCAGCAUGCAGCCGUUUUUGUUGGUGCUCGGUUGCAUGUUACUGGAGGUGUCCUUAGAGGAGGUAGAGCUAUUGAAGGAGAGGGCGCAAUAGCAGUCCUGGACACUGCUGCUGGAGUUUGGUUGGAUAGAAAUGGCAUUGUGACCUCUCGUACUUUGAAGUCAUCCAAUGAGCAUGAUGCUGCUUCGGAUCUACUUCGGCGCUGUCGUCAUGCUGCUGCCUCAGUUGGUUCUCAGAUUUACAUUUAUGGCGGACUCAGGGGAGAUAUCCUCCUCGAUGAUUUCCUGGUUGCUGAGAAUGCACCUUUCCAAUCAGAAAUCACUUCAUCUAUGUACAAUGUUGAUAGAGUCCCUAGGGGGGAAUCUCAAAAUAAAAACAAUAGUUUUCAUUCAGAUUCACCUGUCCAUCAAUCUACAAACAGGCAAGAGACAGCUUCUGGUUUCAGUGCGGACAAGAAGUCAAUUGACAUGUUGAUAGAGGCCUCAACUGCGGAAGCUGAAGCUGUCAGCGCUGUUGUGGUUGCUAAAGAAGCAGUAGGAGAUUUAGGAUGCUUGGUCAGACAACUCUCACUGGAUCAAUUUGAGAAUGAAAGCAGACGGAUGCAUCCUUCAAACAAUGACCAAUCUUAUCCAGGCAGGAGAACAUUAAAUAGACAACGAUCACCACAAGGUUUGCAUAAGAAGGUUAUUUCGUUCUUACUUAAGCCAAGGAAUUGGAGAGCUCCUGCUGAUAGAACCUUUUUUCUGGAUUCUUACGAAGUUGGCGAGCUAUGCUAUGCUGCCGAGCAGAUUUUUAUGCAAGAACCAACUGUUUUACAAUUAAAAGCACCAAUUAAAGUAUUUGGUGAUCUUCAUGGGCAGUUUGGGGACUUAAUGCGCCUUUUUGAUGAGUAUGGUUUUCCGUCAACAGCAGGUGACAUAACGUAUAUUGAUUAUCUCUUCUUGGGUGACUAUGUUGACCGAGGUCAGCACAGCUUGGAGACAAUAACUUUGCUUCUUGCUCUUAAAAUUGAGUACCCUGAAAAUGUACACUUGAUCAGAGGAAAUCAUGAAGCUGCUGACAUCAAUGCUCUUUUUGGCUUCCGUCUUGAAUGCAUUGAGAGAAUGGGUGAAAGUGAUGGGAUAUGGGCUUGGACAAGAUUCAAUCAACUGUUCAAUUAUCUCCCACUUGCUGCCAUGAUAGAAAAGAAAAUAAUCUGCAUGCAUGGUGGCAUAGGAAGGUCAAUAAACACCGUGGAGCAAAUUGAGAAACUUGAAAGGCCUAUCACAAUGGAUGUUGGUUCCAUUAUCCUCAUGGAUCUCCUAUGGUCUGAUCCUACAGAAAAUGAUAGUGUGGAGGGUUUGAGACCUAAUGCACGAGGGCCCGGCUUAGUGACAUUUGGGCCUGAUCGAGUAACAGAAUUCUGUAAACGAAACAAAUUGCAAUUGAUCAUAAGAGCCCAUGAGUGUGUUAUGGAUGGGUUUGAGCGUUUCGCUCAUGGACAAUUGAUCACUUUAUUUUCAGCAACAAAUUACUGUGGUACUGCGAACAACGCAGGGGCCAUACUUGUUGUUGGCAGGGGCUUAGUUAUCGUGCCAAAGUUAAUUCAUCCACUUCCACCACCUGUUAAUUCACCUGAGUCCUCCCCUGAACGUGGGGAUGCCACAUGGAUGCAGCUCCUCACUGGGAAGCUGCAUAACAGCAUUUCAGAUCUCAAGCAACAUUAUAUGCUUCCCAGCCUGAUUUGGCGCUCUACUCCAUUGUUUGUUGGGAAAGUUAUGAUACCGGUGGACAAUAAUCAAGUCUGA